GUAUCUUGCGCCGGUCGCCUGCCUCCGCCGCGCUGGAACCCGCGCUCGUCCUGCUCGUCCCCGCUUCGCCAUGUGCCGAACAUCGCGAUUCACCGCACUUUUUGGCCUUUACCUCGUCCGGUCCACAAUCGCGCUGAUCUGUCCGGUCCCUUCCAGUGGAGGUCUACCUGCGCGAAACAAAACCUGCCCCGAUUUCAAGGCCGACCCGUCGUUCAUCUAUUGUUGCACGUCAAAACUGCCGCCUACCACUGGCACUUAUCGCGAGAAACACGGCAUCUUCUGCUGUUCAUUAGCCGAUUGGGAGAAAGAACGACAAGAAGUUGCUGAUGAAGAAUUCCACAACUUCAUCAAACAGUAUUUGGCCGUAAUCAUCAUCUCUUCACUGCUAGCCAUCGGUCUCACUUUGACUGUCACAUCGUUAGUGUGUAAAAGAAUGCGAAGAUGUCCAUUGUAUAGGGAUCAGUCAAUGCUUGCUCACUCUGUACAGGCAGCCACUAUGUAUCGCCCGGUCGACACAAUCCCACCGAAAAUCUACGAAGCUCCGCCACCGUACGAAUGCUUCGUACCACCGCCGGAUCAAACAAGGAACGACUGGAACUGCGUGCUCGAGAACGAAGUGAAUUGCUCCAGGAACCAGGCAACGUUCACGUGACAGACAAUGUCAGGAACUCAUUGACAAUUGUCACAUUGGUCUUUCGAUGAUGACAAAACGGAGUCCAUACGGAUUCACCAAACACAUACACACACUCAGUGCUACACAUUAUUGCGGGUCUGCCACAAAGUGAUUCGAAUUUCUUCGCUCUCGCCAUCUGUUGAGCGAGUUUCUAGGACAAAAUUGUCGUUGAUUAGAUUCGUGUUUUUUUAAGCUCGAAAAACUGCUUCUGAAGGUGUCUACGACGCUCAGCUUUUACAUUCUGGUCGUGUGCUUAGUGGAAUUUGCAGUGAAUGCAUCGCUAUCUUCCGAAGG